UGUCACUGAUUGCCGUGAUCUGCCUCAGUUGGCAUCACCAAAGUUCUGAAACAGCUGAUUAACGAAGAGGCCACUUCAAGAUUGAUUCUAGUCAAAAUUAUUAUCUUCAAUAAUUUUCCGCUCGGUAUUAAGUAACACAUUUUAUUUAAAUAAAUUUACUUUCUGAAGAUUUUGUUAAAACUCGCGGCAAUGUCGACUUUGCGUAUAAGUCGGCGACUUGUGACAUGUAGUGGAUCGCGUCCAAUUUUCGGCAACGUGUUACCUGUGUACCGGGCAAUUGGCCAGCAGUAUAGGCAUUAUGCGUCGCAGCUUACUCCAAAACCGACCAGUACAUUUAAAUUGGCUCUGAUUGGAGCAGGCAUUGGUGCCGCUUCUGGCACGGCAUAUUCUAUAUAUGGGAAUUGGAAGGAUAAGGGUUCGCACAUGGAACACCAACGUAUACCACCGAAAAUUCUACGCGACCUACCUGAUAUUAGAAUAACAAAGAAAUACGUUAAUCCGCGUGAUGAUUCCAAUUUAAAAAUAAUACUGUUUCAGUACCAAACCUGUCCGUUCUGUUGCAAGGUACGCGCUUUUCUCGAUUACAUGGGCAUAUCGUACUCGGUGGUCGAAGUGGAUGCAGUAUUGCGACAAGAUAUAAAAUGGUCCGAACAAAAAAAAGUUCCUAUGGUAUUGGUGCAGCAAGACGACGGACGUUAUAUACAAUUGACCGAUUCGAGCGCUAUUAUAUCCCUGCUGGCUUCAUAUUUAAAUGACAAACAAACUGAUAUAGGUUAUUUGGCAAGUUUCUACCCAACAAUAACAUUUUUCGACGACAACGGUAAAAAACGGCUGGACAUACUGAACAAGUACUUCCUUAUGUAUCAGGAUAAAACGCCGAAACAUGUUACUCAAGAUAUGCAGGAGAAUGAGAGAAAGUGGCGCACAUGGGCGGAUUCGCAUCUUGUGCAUCUUAUAUCACCUAACUGCUACCGUACGCUAGGCGAAGCUCGUGAAACGUUUGAAUGGUUUUCAAAGGCUGGAGAGUGGGAUAUUUACUUCCCCUCAUGGGAGCGCAACUUAAUGGUUAAUGUUGGCGCCAUUGCUAUGUGGGGUAUUAGCAAAAUGUUGAAACGCCGGCAUGGCCUCUCCGACGAUGUACGAACACAUAUAUAUGAUGCUCUUGAUAAGUGGACUAAAGAAUUGGAAAAGCGUAAGCAGAAAUUCAUGGGAGGUGAACGCCCAAAUCUAGCAGAUUUGUCGGUGUUUGGAGUACUUAACAGCAUGGAAGGUUGUCAAGCGUUUGGAGAUUGCAUGGCAAAUACGAAAAUUGGCGUAUGGUAUAAUAAUUUAAAGGAAUUGGUUGACCAUAAUCGUGGUAAUUUAAUAAGGCGUACAGGUUUGGUGCCGCUCCCUGCUUAGUGCUACAUACACGGUUAAGAGUGCCAAGAAAUUGGUUUAACGGUUUUACUUUCACAGAAAAUACUAUAAAGAUUAAAUUAUUAUAAUUUUUUUUCAGUUCAAUGCGCACACUAAAAAUGUAAUAAAAUGAUUAAAGUUGCUUUCGAAAAAUUUAUUUGAAAGUGAAAAAAGUGUGUCUUGACGAUGGCUGCCUCUGCAGGCAGUAUCGAAAGUUUUUAUACAAUUCAUUUAUUACCAUAUUUUUGGCGUGCUUGGAAAUACCAAAAUUGUUACUAUUACAAGAUUAUUAUUGUUGUAUGAAUAAAUCGCGCUUAAAUGACGCUAAGCUACUUUAUUUCGAUAUCAAA